AUGGCGCUUUUCGGAUCCGCUGCAGCAGCGCCUGCGAGCACCACCACUGGCGACACAAGCAAGGACGUCGAGGUGCAGCAGAGCCAGCUGCCGUCAGACAGCAUCCAGGACCUCUCGUUCUCGCCGGGAGCCGACUAUCUCGCCGCAGCAAGCUGGGACAAGAAGGUCUAUAUCUACGAAAUCGGCCCACAAGGCCCCAAUGGAAAGUUUCUGUUCGAAUGCCAGGGUCACGUCCUCGGCCUUGGCUGGUCAAAAGACGGCACUCGUCUCGCCGCAGGUGACUCGACCGGACACCUGAACAUUGUUGAUCUCCGCACUGCCCCUCAGACAGGCGGCCAGAUCCAGGCCCAGCAAGCCAAGGCUCACGAGGAGGCCAUCAAGUGUGUGCGCUGGUUCCAGACUGGCGGCCAGGACUACGUCGCGACCGGCUCCUGGGACAAGACGGUCAAGUUCUGGGAUCUGAAGAAUGCACAGCCCGUCGGCACGCUCCAGUGCCAGGACCGCGUGUACAGCAUGGAUGUCAAGGACCAGCUGCUUGUGGUCGCGACUGCCGAGCGACACAUCAACAUGAUCAACCUCAACGAGCCCACAAAGAUCUACAAGACCAUCGUCAGCCCGCUGAAGUGGCAGACGCGCGUUGUCAGCUGCUUCUCCGACGCCUCCGGCUUCGCUGUCGGCAGCAUCGAGGGACGCUGUGCCAUUCAAUACGUCGAGGACAAGGACACCAGCCUCAACUUCUCUUUCAAGUGCCACCGCCAACAAGACCCCAGCCAGCGCGACGUCGCCAAGGUCUAUUCGGUCAACGCCAUUUCCUUCCACCCCCAGCACGGCACAUUCAGCACGGCGGGCUCGGAUGGAACCUUCCACUUCUGGGACAAAGAUGCCAAGCACCGCCUGAAGGGCUACCCCGAGGUCGGCGGCAGCAUCACAGCGACUGCCUUUUCGCGCAACGGUGACAUCUUCGCGUACGCUGUCAGCUACGACUGGAGCAAGGGCUACAGCGGGAACAACCCUCAGUAUCCCAUCAAGCUGAAGCUGCACCCGGUAUCAGGAGACGAGUGCAAACCCAGGCCGGGGACGAAGAAGAGGUAA